GGUAAUAUCGAGCUCCCUUGGAUUGUUUGCUGCUGUUCCAGGGUUUGAGAAAGCACGGAGCUGUGCGAUGUACCUCCACAUACUCUCUGUACUCGCACACAGACAGCAAUAACAGCAAAGGUAGCAGUCUGAAGCGCACUCCGGAGACCUCUCUAUCUCGCACUGUAAACUCUAAGGCUCCCCAAAGGAUAUUUGAACUGCAGAAUAUCGGCUACAGCAGAAUUCUCUUCUUCAAUUAGGAUUAGGAGCAAAGAGUUACGUCCACAUCUGAUAGGACCAGUGUUUGGUGUGUGCACCAUGGCUUCCAAACCUCACCCUCCUCUGAUGAAGAAGCACAGUCAGACGGACCUGAUCAGUCGCCUGAAGAGCAGGAAGAUCCUUGGAGUAGGCGGUGAGGACGAUGAUGGCGAAGUGCAUCGUUCAAAGAUCAGCCAGAUGCUCGGAAAUGAGCUGAAGUUUGCUGUGCGAGAGCCUGUUGGGCUGAGGGGGUGGAUACUGAUCUCUGCAGUGGGGUUCACAGUUAUGAGCCUGAUGGCCCUGGUGUUUCCAAACCAGCUCUAUGAGGUUGUUUUUGAGGAGGAGCUCUCCACGACUAACAUCUCUGUCCGGCUUUAUGGAGGAGCACUGCUCAGCCUAUCCCUCAUCCUGUGGAACGGACUCUACACAGCAGAGAAAAUCAUCAUCCAGUGGACCCUGCUCAGUGAGGCCUGCUACUUUGCCGUCCAGUUUUUAGUGACAUCCAUCACCUUGAUGGAGAUCGGCAUCCUGCCCAACGCGGCCAUGCUUCUCCUCCUCAGCCGAGUGCUCUUCCUGGUGGUCACCAUGGCGUACUACUACCACCUGGGCCGCAAACCCAAGAAGAUCUGAGCCCGAUUGUGUGACACUUCCAGGGAGGGGACAGCUGAGCACAGACCACAAACACAGGGGUCAGAAGGUUCGGGAUGUAGAUCAGAUCAUCGAUCAGGGUUUGGAGCAUUUACCCCCCCCCUCCGUCCACCUUGCCAUGGGACCUACUUUAUUCCAACCUCCAGUAUUCAACGGAUAAGCACAGUGUCACAUUCCAGACUGUACGACAAGAACGACAAACCUCAUAGUGAAAGUGAAUUACUCAUUCACUGGGCUGUGAGGUUAAGCCCCUCUUGACACACAUUCUCCCUUUGUACUGUUUUGAGUGCUACUAUUAUUAUACAGGAGGAACCAUCAGUUUAGAGUGUACUGUGUCAGCUUGUUGUAUGAUUUGAUAUGUACAGCAGAGUAAUUUCAUACACCUGGCUGUGUCAUGUACAGCUACAUGAUUCAGUAUUUAGUGUUUAAUCAUAAUCUCCUGAUCACUCAAGGUCAUGUGCUUUCUUUGUUUCCUGUUUGAAGCUGUUAGUCUUAUCUCAUACUGUAUGUAUGCUAAUGUGAAGCCUGAACAUCUGUGCUCUUGCAUGAUUCUCUGACCGCUCUGCAUUGAACAAUGUGAAUGGCAAAGAGCAUUCAGUCAGUUCAACUUAACUCAGCACAAAUUUUUACUCUAAAUAACGCCCGUCAAUCAUUUCCAGAUUUUAACUUCACAAAAGAAAUGCUGAAUCCAAACAUUUUCAGGGACAUAUAGAUUUUUCAUUCCUUAAGUUAUCAGUCAAGAAGUUCUACCAAAGUGAAAAGGAUUUGUUUUGUACAGAGUAUUUACACUGCAGAGAUGAAUACAUGUAAUGUUUAAAAUGUCACAUGUAGAAGAGAAGCAGCAUAGUCCUGUCCCUGUUUUAUGUGCAGUGUAAGGCAGGACUUCACUGAGGAAGAAAGUUUUUAACAUUCUGACCUUUACCGUACAGCUAGUGUCACAAGCUGAGCAUGUCAGUGUGUAGAGCAAACAAAGCUGAGCUGGUCCCCCUCUCCGUGAUGUAGCAGUGUUUUUUUUUUAACCAUACACCAUAUCCUUAGCCUUGCCUUAAAACUACUUAAAGAACAGUCAGAACACUGCAUCCUACUUCUUUUGUACAUAUGUAAAUAAUAGUAUUUACUAUUAUGUGGUGUUCUUGUGAAACGAACAGGGAACUAGUUCAGUAUUAGUUGAACAAUUUUCAAAUCUUUCUCUUGGCGUGUGGUCUUUUGUACAUAUUUAAGUGAAAUUUGUGUUAUUGAGGUCUUGCAUGCGUAUAAUCCAGCUAAAGAGGAAGCUCCAACUGUGUAGCAAGCUGUCACCAACUAGAGCACAAAUAGCAAUGAAUGAAUGAAUGAAAGGCCAAAAAAGGACCAUUGUAUUCAUAAGGCAGUUUAAGUUUAUGUGCUUAAAGGUAAAUAUAAUCCAACACUUGACAGACCUAAACCAAAUUGAUAUGUUCAGUACAUCUUCUACCUCCUGAUACUCAACAUGCCCGCAGGUGUACACAACCCAGUUUAAGAGCAGUGCCAGCAAGGCUAAUUUGUCAACUCUGAUCUCCAGCACCUAAUCAGAAAGUCUCCUAAAGAUAGCUGACCCAUUUUUUUAAAUUUAACUUGAACCAUCAUUUUGAGCCAAAACUAAAAACAUACUUUUAGGUGUCCUCCAAAGGUGGUCCAUAUUGUUUCAAAUGACCACGCUGAGUCCUGCCCUGAAAGGGAGUGGUCCUGAGGUCAGAGUGAUUGAGGGUUUGCAGUGGGUAGUCCAGUCCUGCAGGCAGAUGUGCUUGUUAACUCGGGCGAUAUUUCAGUUCAGAUAGGGAACGUGAAACAUGGGUGAGGUCUCCUGUUCUCCUGAAAAGUUGUAAUUACCCUUUUUUCUAGUGUUUAAUUAGAUGCAGCCCUCCUGACUGACAUUGUGCGCCCCAACCUACUGCUCAGUCCUGACUUACAUAGUAAUUACGGAGUUCAAGAGAAACGUCGUUCCAUUUCCGUCAAUACUACAAGCCUCAAAUCAUCAGCCGCAUACAAUGUUCAAAGGUCUGUAGAGCAGCUUAUUUUAGGAGAGAUGGGCAGAUUUUUUGAGGGGACGAGCCGAGGAAGGGAGGAAAGUAAUGGCUCUUUCAUCCUCUUGGUUCUCUGAUGUGAACAUGUCAAAACAUUACAUCGGCAACUUGGUAAGUUGAGCUAUACAUUCCCACCAAUAUAGAUCCAACAUAUGGUGUGCUGUUGUGAAUAGCAAACAAGGUGAAACUGUUUCAAGUUGUAGCAAUGUGUUUUUAUGUAUAAUGUGCUAUAUUGUACCUCAGAAAUGAACUGUUAUGGAUUUCCACAAUUUAGUUUGAAAUAAAGGACACUAUUGUUUAUUUUGAA